ACUGAAUGCUAAGGUAACCUCCAUAAGUUAGCUCUCAUCAACUGCACCUUUAUUAUAUUCGCAACCUUUCUGCACCACUCUCACAUCACCAACGCCUCCCAUUCUUGCUACGAACAAACCACCUCUCGCUAAUCCAUUAAUCUGUGCUUUCAAAACAAGUUGAUAUUUAUCAACAUCUCUGCUCCCUGCCUACCGAGGCCGACUUCCUCGUGAGCUCUCAAAUCAACAACCAGCCAACGUCUAACGCCCCAUUUCGAUGAGCGCUCUCGAGGCUUGAAUAUUGCAAACAUGGUCGGGCGCCCCCGCCGGGCGUCUACGUCUAGUGUGGAUACGGAAGAUGAGAGUCAAAGACCAUGGAAGCAGGAGAAAUCGGUGCUGCGGUUUGACGCCGGUGGUGUGGACCCAGAUACGACCUUCGAGAUCAAAGAUGCCGUCGUUCUCAACAAAGAUGGCCACACCCUUGAAAACGCCCUCGAUGUCGCUACUCGUGGCCCCUAUAUCAUCCGAGGAUUGCUCAAUAUCGAGGAGCAGUCUCAGAGAGCACGCCGUUGGUUCUUGCACACCAUGAUUACGAUGUAAUGAGAUCUAAUUGUAUGUUACAGUCAUAAUGAAAGUGCGCUCUUUGACACCUUUCGAAGUCAGAAAAUGCGGCCAAUACUCUAUCGGAGAAUCUGAAAGCGGUUCUCCAGUCAUAUGGAUGCUGGGUACCUGUGCAUGGUUCGAAUUAACCCCUGCGCCAGCAUACCUCCCCAUAUACAGAAAGAUGCAGGAGGCUAUACGGCUCUACUAUAGAUUGAUGGCAAUCUACAGGGACCAGAAACCCAAGAAGGCCAAGAAAAGCAAAAAAGAUUCUUUGAAAGAACUCUACCAGGUAUUCCAUGAGUAUGCUGCCAGUAUAGGAGAUGGUUCAACUCUCGAGGAAGUGAUCACAAGAUGUGAUGGUCAUGCUUCGUUUCUCAUUGCUCAGUGCAUCCAAGACCAAAGCGAGGUCGAGUGGUCCAUGACCCCUUUCUUCAAAUGGUUGAUAAAUAGACAUCAAGAGCUAUACAACAAAGAACUUGAAAGAGUGACCAAUCCUCCGCAGCCCGAGAGAUCCCCCUCUCUUGAGGCCAGUAACCCCCCUGUCUCACAGAGAUUGACCUCCCGAACUCGCAAUGCUUCUUCGGGUCCGUCGACAGCUCGCGACGCAACCCCAGAUACCAAUGAGUCUGAGGACAGUCCUCCCCGACGACGAUACUCAAGAUCGCGGUCUGCUACUCACAGGCCCGAAAACGGUGCCGCUGACUUGUUCAACUCUACACAAGCUUCAAGAGACGGAUCAACAAGGCCAGUCAGCGUUCAUUCUUCAGCUAGUGUACCAAGUGUCCGUAUGAGCCAGGCGCCUGUUACGGUGGAUGCCCAGGACGAUGCUUUCCGGUGCAUUCUUGAUGCCCUUGCGUGGAUUCGCGUAGAGAUCAGCAAAUCCAAGGGCGGGCGUCUAAGCAUUUCAGCUGUGACCAGCAGACUCUGGGAAAAUUUUACUUUCCCCACCUACAAAGGCGAGUUAAAGCCAGCGUAUAGGGUGCCCAUCAAGGAAGUUCUCCAUUACAAUGUGCACGCUCUUUUACAGGUUCUUGACAAGGAUAAAUAUGAUGGCGAAUUCUACUCCUGGCUACAAGAGCUCGCCGAAACGCCUUUCAACCCUGUCGCCAUUAAACCAUCAGAUUUUCCGUACUACGUUAAACGACGUCAGCAAUCUAACAAGAACAACCCAGGCAAACCGUCAACCCCUUCACAAGCUGGAGCCUCCUCAAGGAACUUUGAUGAAAGGUUUUCAACUCCUCCCCGCUCUUCGCCUGCAGGUAAGAGCCUUAGGCGACCAGGUCGUCCAUCUGGUAUAAAGUCCAGUCUUCGUCUGGCAACCACUUCUAGAAAGCGGCCUCAUUCUGAAGUUGAUAGUGACUCGGAGGAUGAGGGGUCACAGCCGAAGCGAUCUCACUACUUUUCUGGUGAGGAAGAGACCAUGGGUAAUGCCAGUCACAUGAGUCUUUCCGAGGAUGAAGAUGCUCAAGAAACAUCUGAAGGCCCAGUCAAGAUUUAUCUAAGAGCGGACAACAUCCCUACAACCGUUCCACGUGGCCCCGGCGAGACAUGGGUCUGUGAAGAAGAGGAUUGUGGAUAUGUGGUUCGUGGCGGUGAUAUUCAAAACUGCCAAGACCGUAUCAGACGCCAUUUUAACGAGCACGAGCAGCAGAUGGAUCGUGUGAAUCUCGCCAGGACCGAAGCCACUCGCGGUCACUUGCCUGUAAAUCACUUAAUGGACAAGCUCAAAAAGCUGGGUGAGAAGUCCCAGGCCGCCGAACAGCUUAUGGUCAACGAAAUCGUGUUACCCCAGCGCAUCAAACGAAACCUGCUUGUUUAAUCAUAUCAGACGACACUUCUCGGCUCUCGGGCUGAAUCAUACUUUCUGCAUCAGCCCUAUAUUUUGUUUCAAGGAGAUACCCUCAGCAAUGGCGCAGCGUCAGUUAUGACGAGGCCAGUAUUCAAUUGUCAUGGAAGUAGCAAUAUCUUGAGGAUGUUGUAUGCCACAAAACUCAACCAUCACUUGCGGACAGUUACGCACGAGUGAGCUUAGAAUGGGCAAUAUUAUAAACCUACUCAAGUCAUGAAUUAUGUAUUGACCCUACCAAUCCACUUAUACGUGUGGAUAAGAUACACUAAGUCACCUAAUAAUGAUCAUUAAAUCUGCAGUAGAUAGCCUAACAGCGCUGUGUCGUGAG